AUGAAUCAUAGAAACAUUUGGAUCAUUAUCUUUAUUAGUUUACAAUUAUUAUCAUUAAAACUUAUAAAAUCUGAAGAGAUUAGCAACAAUAACAAAAGUACUGAAGAAGGUGGAGACCAUAAUGAUAGUUCCCCUAAUCCAGUAGUAUUCCAUGGAAACUCUACUCAUGAAGUUUAUGA